CAUGCAAUUACAGUAUAUUGUUAGCCAUGGCCCAUAAUGAUCUUACCCACCUCUGCUGAGAGAGAAGCUGGAGAUCAGUUCAGGAAGGAGAACUGUGGGAAAGAAUAAUGGCUCCAAAGCGUUCACAUAAGGUGAUGAGCACUGUGAUGACGACAAGAUCAAAAGUUGUGCGAGAAAUUGUGCAAGUCGCUGUAGUUGAAAGCGCUCAGAAGCCAACGAUUGGAGACAUAGAUGAGGAAAAGCUGGAAGACACGUUUAUUCCUUCAGGCAAAAAGCCAUUGAGAACCAUUGCCGUCGAAGACAUGUCAGAACAAAGAAACCAGUCAGCUCAAAUUCCAGUACUAAUGGAUGACAAAUCAUCAGAACAAGAAAACCAGUCAUUUCCUGUUCAAGUUGAGGGAAAAUCGAAAGAAGAAAACCAGCCAGUUCAGCCUCCGGUAGAGAAAAAAUCAGAAGAAGAAAACCAGGGCAAAUCACCAGAGGAGAACCAAGCAGAAGUUCAAGUUCCAGAGGAAGAGAAAGAGAAAGGGCCCACCACCAUGACUUCCGAAAAGCAAAAAGGGCCGUCAAAAAAAGAGAAGGGAAAAAAGAAAACCAAGAACACCCAAGAAGGGGAAGGGAAGGGGAGGAAGAGGAGGAGAAAAGCGGGCGGUGGAGAAGAGUACAGGAGGUAUGUGUAUAGGGUAUUGAAGCAGGUGCACCCAGAGUUGAGGGUAUCGUCAAAGGCAAUGACAGUUUUGAACAAUAUGAUGCAGGACAUGUUCGAGAGGCUGGCGGAGGAGGCAGCGGUGCUGUCUAAAUACACAAGCCGAAAGACGCUAUCUUCAAGGGAGAUUCAAGGGGCAGUGCGGCUGGUAUUGCCCGGAGAGCUUGGAAAGCAUGCCAUUGCUGAGGGGUCCAAGGCUGUGACUUCCUUUAUGUCCAACAUUGCUCGAGAGCCCAAGAGAUCAUCGUAGCCUUCUCUCAUGCGUAUUGCUUUGUGUGAUCUAGUAUAUAUUUUGGUACCGUUUUAGUACUAGCCUGUACGUAGGCUUUCUUUGUUUGCGUUGCUCGCUUUCUUUUAUUUUCCCAUGGCAAGGUUAGACGUAAGUGAUCUUGGUGGCCCUUUCAUUUUUUGUGUUGUAAUAUUGUGUACGAGAAAAGGGUGUGGUGUGAAAUUAAGGACCCCGACCGAGGAAUUAUUGCUGUCUUUUGGGUUUUGUGGGUUUUUCAAUAUUAAUAUCCCAAUGUCCGUACUUAGCACAGAGGAAAGGGAAAAAGAAAGAUUAACCAUGAAUUUAAUUUGUAUGUUGGACCCAACUGUGAAUCUGAUGCAUUGCCAAGAAUAUUUCGGUAUUUCGUUAAA